UAACUUGUCAGCUGAGAGAGCGCUAGACGGCAAGAGCGCACUUUAUGAAAUCAGCCGAGCGAGAGCUUGACGAAAAUUGUUUUGUCUUAGUCAAAUUGCUGAAUUUUCCACUGCCGAGAGAGGUCUUGCUGGUGAAAUGGGAGAGACAAUUCCAGACGAUCAUGUUUACUUUGCUCCAAAGAAGAUGGUACUCAACAUCGGUGACAUGGCAACAUGGACCAAGUCGGAGGCAUAUAAUGAAUAUUUGGGUUUCAUUUAUGCCUUGAAUGAUUCCGUCAAAGGAAAAAGCAAUACAUCUGAAUACCCUUGCAGUGACAAAGUCGGUAAAGUCUUGGAGCUCUUGGAAACUCUGAAUACAUGGAUCGAUGAAACUCCGCCGAUUGAUCAACCUCAACGGUUUGGAAAUAAAGCGUAUAAGACUUGGUACCAAAAGUUGAAGCAGAAUGCUGAACGGGAGUUGAAAAUUAUGCUUCCUGAGAACAAGCACAAUGCCAUAGUAGAAAUUUCUCCAUACUUGAUCGAAGGAUUUGGAAAUGACACCAGAAUUGACUAUGGCACAGGUCAUGAAAUGUCAUUUCUCUUCUUUGUGUGCUGCCUAUUCAAAAUCGGAGCACUUGAACAGACAGACAAGGCAGCAGCAGCGUGUAAGAUAUUCUCAAGGUACUUGGAGAUUUCUAGAAAGUUGCAGCGCACCUAUAGAAUGGAACCUGCUGGAAGUCAUGGUGUGUGGAGCCUAGAUGACUACCAAUUCGUACCCUUUAUUUGGGGCAGUUCUCAGUUGAUGGGUAAGAUAUAUCAAGUGUUGAACGAUCAUAAAAUAAUUAUUUUGAUUAAAAAAACUGUAGGUCACCCAAGGAUUGAGCCUAGUGCUCUGUCAAAUGAGCCUGUGGUUGACGAUAAUUACACCAAUUAUAUGUUUUUUGGAUGCAUCAAAUUCAUUUUGCAGGUCAAAACUGGAAUGUUUGCAGAGCAUUCAAAUCAACUAUGGAAUAUUAGUGCAGUUGGUUCCUGGAGCAAAGUGAAUGCUGGCUUGAUCAAAAUGUACAAGGCGGAGGUUUUAGCUAAGUUUCCUGUCAUUCAGCACGUUCUCUUUGGGUCCCUCAUGUCGCUGAAGGAAAGCAAAUUUAAAAUGGGACCAGGAGGACCUCCUCGUAGCAUGCCACCAAGAUUGCCAUGACCCGUCUGAUUUCAAGGAUUGCAUUUUGUUCAGACCCAAACAUGGCACAUCAUGAAGAGACCAAUAUCAUAAUUUUCACCGCCCAAUUGAGUUAAUUGUGUUAUAAAAUAAAGUUGCUUCGUUAUUUGUCACAUAGAAA